AUGCUCUCCGGAAUCCUGAUCUUUAACCAAAAAGGCGAGAACCUCAUCUUCCGCGCCUUUCGCAACGACUGCCGCCCGCGCCUCGCCGACGUCUUCCGCAUCCAGGUCAUCUCCAACGCGCAGGUGCGCUCACCCAUCCUCACGCUCGGCUCCACCACCUUCAGCCAUGUCAAACACGAGAACAUAUACUUGGUCGCCGUGACGAAGAGCAAUGCCAAUGCCGCGCUGGUGUUCGAGUUUAUAUACCGGCUGAUUGGACUGGGGAAGGCGUAUUUUGGGAAAUUCGAUGAGGAGGCUGUGAAGAAUAACUUUGUGCUGGUGUAUGAGCUGCUGGAUGAGAUAUUGGAUUUUGGGUAUCCGCAGAAUACGGAGACGGAUACGCUGAAGAUGUACAUCACCACCGAGGGCGUGAAGUCGGAGCGAGCAAUGGAGGACUCAUCCAAGAUCACCAUGCAAGCGACCGGCGCCCUCUCAUGGCGGCGGGCCGACAUCAAGUACCGCAAGAACGAAGCAUUCGUCGACGUGAUCGAAGACGUGAACCUCCUCAUGUCGGCGACGGGAACAGUACUUCGAGCAGACGUAAACGGACAGAUCAUAAUGCGCGCGUAUCUUUCCGGAACACCAGAAUGCAAAUUUGGGCUGAAUGACCGGUUAACGCUCGGCGAGGACAAUCUACAUGGACCGUCAGGGAAUCGAGCAGGCGCGAAAGCAACAAGAGCAGCCGCAGGAAGCGUGACGCUGGAGGACUGCCAGUUCCACCAGUGCGUGAAGCUAGGCAAGUUUGACACGGACAGGAUAAUCUCCUUCAUACCGCCCGACGGCGAGUUUGAGUUGAUGCGGUACCGUGCGACCGAGAACGUAAAUCUCCCCUUCAAGGUCCAUGCCAUCGUCAACGAGGUUGGCAAGACCAAGGUUGAAUACAGCAUCGCCAUUCGCGCGAACUACGGCUCGAAACUCUUCGCCACAAAUGUCGUCGUCCGCAUACCAACGCCCUUGAACACUGCUCGCAUUACAGAACGGACAUCACAGGGCAAGGCCAAGUACGAACCCGAACACAACAACAUCGUCUGGAAGAUACCCCGGUUUACAGGCCAGAGCGAGUUCGUGCUCUCCGCAGAGGCUAGCCUGACGAGCAUGACCAACCAGAAGGCUUGGUCAAGACCGCCCCUCAGCUUGAGCUUUUCGCUGUUGAUGUUCACGAGCUCGGGAUUACUGGUGCGGUACUUGAAGGUCUUUGAGAAGAGCAACUACAGCAGUGUAAAGUGGGUGCGGUACAUGACCAGGGCGGGUAAUUACGAGAUAAGGUUCUAA